AUGGCUAUCGGCGCUCAGUCGUACGAUGAUGAGUUCCCCGCAGCGGCGGAUCUCCGCCACAUGUUUGCCCAACAGCCUCUGCCGGUCAUAGCUCCGGGGACUGUGGAUGCGGAUCUCAUGAGCGGCGAUGAGGCGACUAAGCAGGCGCAAGCUGUUGUGGACGCACUGAACGCCGCUGUGGCCGCCGACGAUGCUCAGGCAUUGGAGGGUCUCUUCUUUUCUGGCAGCAAGGUGUACUGGAAGGAUUCACUGGCGCUGACUGCCCACUUGCGCACCUUCACUGAUGCCGACGUGAUUUCAUCGGCGUUGUUGGAGACGGCGAAGCUGAGGGCCGCCUCCCAAUUCAAGAUCGAGGGUGCAGCCAAGUUCCUUCCGGCCACUCCGGUUCUUCAAUUCAUUGACAGCCAACUUUCCUUCAAGACUGGCUCGCCAGGUGCCACAUGUAGCGGAAGAAUAUUGUUGUUGCCUGUCAAGGCCAAUGAGAGUACGCAGUGGAAGAUCUGGAUAUUCAGCACCAGGACUGAGAGCCUGGAUAUCCAAAAAGAGGAUGAGUCUUUGCUGAAGAAUCCUGGGCGGCAGUUGGACGGCCUGCAGACGAUCGAGACGGACGUCUUCAUCAUUGGAGGUGGCAAUGCGGCCGUGGCUCUCGCUGCACGUCUCAAGGCGCUGGGUGUUGAUAGCGUGAUGGCGGAGAGAUCUGCGCGGCCUGGCGACAACUGGGCGCUCCGCUACGACUGCAUGAAGUUCCACAUUCCGACAUCAUUCUGCGAGCUGCCCUACAUGACUUACGACAAGCACCUUCAAACCCCUCAUCUCCUAACCAAGGACGAGCUGGCCGAGCAGGUCCGCCGUUACGUUGCAACCUUCCACCUCAACAUAAUCAACUCAGCCAAGAUCGUGUCGACGAAGUACGAACAAUCCACCCAGCAAUGGACCGUCAAGUUCGAGACGCCGGCCGGCCUCCGCACCGCCGUGUCCAAGCACCUCGUCCAGGCCACCGGCAUCGGCUCGCAGAAGCCGUACGUGCCACCCAUGGCCGAUCAGGACAAAUACAAGGGGAUCAGUAUCCACUCAGCUCAGUUCAAGAAUGGCAAAGAGCUAGCCGACAAGGGCGCCAAGUCCGCACUAAUCAUCGGCUCCGCCAACACGGCCUUCGACAUCCUCGUCGACAUCCACGCCGCCGGCCUGCGCACCACCCUGAACGCGCGCUCGCCCACGUACAUCGUGCCCCUCUCCUACGUCUGCGACCCGCUCAGCCUGGGCGCCUACGACGUCCUCGGCGUCGACGCCGCCGACCGCAUGUUCCUCACGCUCCCCACCGCCGUCGACGGCCAGCUCGCCAAGGGCCUCUUCGCCGCCUUCGCCUCGCGGGAGUCGGACCGUUACAGCAAUCUGGCGGCAGCAGGCUUCCCCGUGCUCGACUCGGCGGAUCCGGACUGCGCGCUCGCCAGCAACCUGCUCGAGCGCGCCGGCGGGCACUACGUCGACGUCGGCGGGACGGCGCUCAUCGCGGACGGCAAGGCGGCGGUUAAAGCCGGCGUCGCGCCCGUGGCUUUCACGGCCGACGGCGUGCGCUUCGCUGAUGGUAGCGAGGUGCAGGCGGAUGCAGUGGUGUGGUGCACGGGGUUCCGCGAUAAGAACGUGCGGGACGUUGCGGCCGAGGCGCUGGGGGGCGGCGAGGUGGAGCGAGGGAUCGCUGCGCGCUUGGACGCCACGUGGGGCGUGGAUGCGGAGGGCGAGAUCCGCGGCAUGUGGAAGCGACAUGCGCGCGUCGAGAACUACUGGGUCAUGGGCGGCUUUACGCAGCAGCAUCGGUGGCACUCGGCGACGCUGGCGGUGCAGAUUAAGGCGGCGUUGGAGGGCGUGCUGCCCGAGGCGUAUCGGGGGACGCCGGCGCCGAGGGCUAAGUAG